AUGCGCGAGCGCGUGCUGAGCCCCAGCCGCGGCGAGCGCGAGCGGGAGCGCGAACGGGAACGCGAACGCGAACGCGAACGCGGCCCGAGGCCCGCCCCGCGCGUCAACCCUCACGAGGAGAUGCGCUACCCGCCGCGCGCCUACCCGGAGGACAUCCCGCUGGAGCGGUACCGCAGCCCUGGGCGCGGCGGCGGAGGAGGAGGCGCUGGGAGCGGAGGUCCUGGAGGUCCGCAACCCGCCCCGCGCCACCGGCCAGAGCUGCCUCGAGAGCCCAGUCCCGAGCGCCGAUUCAAGCGCCGCACGCUCUUUGACGCGCUCGAGGAUGAGCGCAGGCGCACCUCGCACGACCUCGCUCGAGAGUUCAAGCGCCGCUCCUACCAGGACGGCGGCGGCAGCAGCGCGCCGGACAGCUACCCGGGUGGCUACCAGGAGCUGCCGGAGCGCGAGCGCUACCCGGGUCUGGACCGGGAGUCUGCGCGCGGCCUGCACCACCCUUCGCAGGCGCCCGGCCCCGCCCCCAACCACUCGCCCGCGCGCGCCGCCGGCUACCGCCACAGCUACGCGGAGGGCGUCCUGCACCACGAGCUGCUGCACCGCACCGGCUCCUCCGUGUCGUCGGGCCGCGUCGGCAUCGCCGCCGUGCACCCGUACUAAACGCCCUCCCCGCUGGAUAGCAACUCAGAACACGCGGCGCUGCGCCAGUUCUACAGGGCCGUCGGCUGGGACACGGAACGUGUUUACUGUUUAUGACAUGUGUGUCGCAUUGUAUCGCAUACGUCGUGACCAUCAAUUAAGGACAUGCUGCGCCGCAUCAUCAGCCAAGCCAGCGACUCUGCCAAGCUAUCGGAAGAGCCAUGGAACGUAUUUUCUGUUUGGAACACGAGUCAUGAUGUCUCGCACUUUAUCAACGCACACUGCUACUAACUUCGCUCCACGCAAACGUGGUUAUCAACAAUUUAGAACAUGUUGCUAAUCCAUAGAUUCUGCCAAGCCAUGGUAUACGCCACAGAAGAUCUUUCUUGUCAUUGUGUGUUGCAUCAUAUUAGGUGCACGCAUACUAACCGUCCUGCACUCCCGCGACGCUGAAAGAGAGCUAGCCAAGGAGCUGCGCGACACUAGUUCUGCUUCGGGCGAGUCACCGAACAUUUUCUCUGUUUUAUAUCAAAGAAGUCAUAGCAUGUCAGCGUGCAACCUUAUUUAACUGCCCGCCAUGCUCGCGACCCUCCAUGGUGAGCUGAUGGACAAGUCGAAACAUGCUGCACUGCACCAGAUCUGCCAAGUCACCGUCGGAGCCACCGAGAAUUUUUCCUGUGUGUUCGUCUGACGUCAAGGUGUGCCACAACGAGUCGACGUGCAGUACCAGUAAUCACUCGCCACGCCCACGCUCUGACCAACAAGGCAACACGUCGUGGCCAACAAGUCAGAACAUGAUAAACAGCACCAGUUACAUAGUUCUAUCACGACAUUGGCGGCAUCUACCGAAAAUAUUUCAUGUUUGACUUGAGAGAAGUCACGUCGUAUCGUAUCGUGUCUUCACGCAUACUUCUACUAAACGUCUACUUCAUCUGACACUUCCGCCAAGCCAUCAGUUUGCUCGUGGUUGCACCCCGAGCUGGUGAAGGCAAAUCACAUUUCUCUUGCUUUGCUAUAUUCACCUAAUAUUUGUUCUACUUUCACAGUAAUACUGUGAGAAAUACAAAAACAUACAGAGUUUACGGCGUGUUAGCACGCGCUUCUAUACAAUUGCUCUGUAUCCCCGCGUGGUGAGAGUCGCAGAUUGCUCGCUGAAGACUGCGAUUUGACGAAGUCGACGUAACUUGGUGCGUUCCCCCCGUUCUGCUGUGUCAUUCACCGUCGGAAGCUGCCGCAAACCUUUCUGAUGCUGAUUCUACGGAUUUAUCUGAAAGGCAGCAGAUACAACUAGGAAGAAAACAAAAUUUCUACCUGACGUUAGGUUACAGUUUC